AUGGACCGAGAACAGAGAAUAGGAAGUCUAAAAUGUCGAACAUGUUUCGUCACAUUCCAAUCAAAUAUACAUCAAUUGAGCGAUGCAGUGGACGUAUAUUAUGAAUGGAUCGACGCAUCAGAAGAUACACGGCACGAACAACGACCCGGAUCAAAACGUCCGAAUAACCGAAUACCAGGAGGAAGUAAUGGGAGAGGAGGUGGUACAGGUGGUGGGGGAGAUGGUGGUUCUGAGGAUCAUAGUCGUUAUCGCGGUGGAAGUGGUGGUCAUAGUGGCAGUUUUCGAAAUACUUCGGAACAGCAUUUCGACGGCUAUGAUGAGGAUGAUGAAUUUAAUUAA